AUGUCAGCUUCAGAGUCGUCUUCUUCUGCCUCCUCGUCUUCGUCCAACUCUUCUUCAUCUCUCAACACCAUCGAGCAGUCUCUCCUCAACCUCAGCCACGACCGUUCUUCAGACGUCAGCCCAAAUCCAGGCUUACCCAACAACUCAGCUUUAUCUCUGGUAAGUCUGGUUUUACUCAGUCUUAUCUCUAGGCGCUCUAUUUGUCUACAUCUUUUACUAUAAAUAAUGCGUCGGUUCAGAAAAGAGAGAUUUUGAAUUCGAGCAGACCAGAUUAACCUCGGAAACAUACUUUUUCUUCAUGAAAAAUUGAGCCGUGGUGCUUUGAAGAUGGGACUCAAGCGGUCGCGAAGCGUUCUUCGUUUGAAUUCACACUUUGCCACACGUAUUUCGUAUCUUUCAACGGAUUUCAAUGUUUAUAGGAACUUUUUUAUUUUUUAUUUAUGCAGACGAUGAGUUUCAGCUCAUUUUUAUGAUUACUUUGAGAGGUUUACCACAAAAAAAGCGAUAUAUAUUAUAGAAUAAAUUAUAAUAUUGAAAAAACUUGCUUAACACAUCAUGAAUUGAGAAAGACUAAGAUCAUGACGUUAAAGAGAGAAUUAAAAAAAAAUCGAACGAGGAAACGAGUUGGACAAAGUUUGAAAACGCUUCGCGACCGUACUCAUCAGAAUUGUGGACCAGGGGACACGGGCCAAAAAAGAAUCUAGGGAGCGGAGAUUUUUGUUUGCACACACAGUUAGCUGAUUCGGAGGGGAACGGACGGAGAGUUUGUGAAGAUUCGGCUCUUUCGGACCAUUUCCCCUUUUGGGCCGUUCUAAAUGUUUUGUUUUGCUGCAAAGCGUGUCGGUGUAUCAUCGUGCAGCAGACCGACUAUUUGUGUCGCGCAGCAAACCGUGGCCGGCUACCGUAGUCCUCAAACAGUGGGGUUUUCCUCCUCGGCGUGGCCGCAUCCUGCAGCAAACAAGCAAGGCCGAAGUCGAAUUCUCCGGCUCCGCCCACACCUCCCGGCGAUUGGGUGCAGCCGAAGGGUAGGCGGAGACUCGACUUACCAUCACCGACGCUUCGGCUCGGAGAACCUUCCUCGGCGAGGAACUGUGUGGAGAGUGGAAACGGAGACGCGUGUGUGGGCGGAGCAGGCGGAUUGCAGCGGCAGGAAAUCGCAUUGACGUUGGCUGAGCCCUCGUCGCGCCUGUGCGCCAAGUGUUUAAUUCCUGAGGUUUAUCGUAAUCCAGGGAUGAUGUGAUAGGCUUAUCGGGUCGUCGCGGCUCAUCCCGAACAUGCAUGAGUUGGCGCCGCCAUGCUGCAGUCAUGAAGGCUUGCGGUCGCAGCAUGGCAGCCUUAGCCCGUCCAGAGCCUAUCACCUCAUCCGGUUCGUUUCCGUUGAUUCCCAUCUACUGUUCGUUCUUUUCAACCAUUGUUUCCUUUUCAGAACUUCCCCACUCGCAACACUUUGGCCGAAGCCAUGAACGGUGGAAACUUUGUGAGUUUCAAUUUUUUCAAUUUUUUCAAUUUUAGUGAAGUGAGUAAAAUUGUUGUGAACUUUUUUUCGAACCCAUGCUAAGGAAGUGUUUUGAGUUAUCCAAGCAAUACAGCAAUGUACAGUCUGUCCGAAUAUCCUUGCUGAUGUGCUCAAUGGAGCAUAGACAACAAAGGUUUUCAAUUUUCAAUGCUUAGUCAUUCACAGUGUUAUUGUUUAUCGUUCCCAAUUUUUGCGACUUUAAAGUAGAAAUGUUUCUUGAACAAACUAUACACAUCGUCCCAAAAAGGUUUCGCAAUUCCAAUUUUCCGGCUUAUACACAGUCUCGCUCACUCCUUUAUUGAACACUCUCUGCAAAGACGAUAAUAGAAAUUUUAUUAAAAAUAAAACACAACGUGUGGUUUGGCAGGAGAAAUUUGAUGAAGACGCCAACAAAGUCUCGCGAAGCUUAGCACUGCCGGAGAAUGAGAACGUUGUUGACCCGACGUCUUUUUACUUUCAGCUUUCGGUUUACCGUUGUAAUUUGCAUGUUCAAAACGCUGUUUGGGUUCGAUAUGUUGCUCUAUCUCUGGGAAAAGUGCCCUGAUCAUGAUAGACUUUCCAGCCCAUGUCCUACAUCCCGACGGUUUCUUCCGCUCAGAGCGUCGCCAACAUGACUGCCGCCGCUGCAUAUUUUGGUAACAAGGUUUGUCUGUUUUAUUUGUUGCUUUAAAAGUUGUUUCAAAGAGUCACUUCCACUUUUUUAUUCUUUGCAUUCUAUUUCAAAGAAAUUUUCUUUGAAUCGACAAUUGAACUAAAAAUUCCUGCUAAAGGAAUCUUAUUCUGUCCUGCGAUCCUUAAAGAAGGUUCAGAUAUUCUUCAAACAUAUUCAACGAUUACCUAUCUUUCCUAUUCAAUUCAGUCUGUCCCUAUCAAAUAUUAAUACUUCCUUUUUACUUUUCUAAUAAAUCGCUAGCCUCGAAGUUCAUUUGCGAUUUGAAUAGGCAUGAAUCGUACCAAAAUCGAAGAAGCCUGGAAAACCCGGGUAUUAUAAUUUGCUACAGAGCAAGUUUCGUUUCGAUUGGAAUAUAUCCUUUAGGAGACUAUUUCCUUGUUUCAGGCCGGAUACGGGACGCCUCAUCUCGGCUUCUCGACACCACCGACACACAAUUUUCUGCCGGCGUCCAUGGGUUACAUCAGCGGCUCUCUGGCCGACUGCCAGCCUUCCGGCAUCGCUUGGAACGCCAAUCCGCCAAGGUGAGUCGAUGUCUGCCACUUCCGAGUUCACUUCUUCCUUGAAAAAGAAAGCAAUCAAUACAAAAAACUUGCAGCUUCUCGCGGAAGCAACGCCGUGAAAGGACCACUUUCACGCGGAAUCAGCUGGAAAUUCUCGAGAGCUACUUUAUGAAGACUCGUUAUCCAGACAUCUUCAUGAGAGAAGAUAUGGCUCAUAAAAUUCAGUUGCCAGAAAGCCGCGUUCAGGUGACUUUCCGACUUUUUACCUUGUUUUCCUGGCUCCUUUUUUUUCUUUGAUCUAUCUCAAGCGGUGAAAGACAUUGUUUUUCGUAAAUGACCAGAAGUGAUGCUAGUGGCUCACUUUCUUCUAAACUGCAGAGUUCAAACUAUGAACAUUGCUGAGUUUUGGCCUUCAAUUUAUUAUUUUCAAAACUAGUUUCACAAUGAUUGAUCUCGAUUUGAAAAUAUGAAGCUCCUAAACUCUGUAUCAUUUAUCCUUUCAACUUUUCACUGCACUCUUGAAUAUUUUGCGACUGGAAACACUGGGAGGCUCUCAUUUGCUAACUUGAAACUCAAAAGUCAAGUAAGUAAGCUUCACAGGGCCCCAUGUCUUGGUCCACUUUGUUUUUUCAAUCCUUUUCGGCGCCCAGUUUUGCGGCGCCGGUCGUCACGGUACCGUAUCCUUUUCCUCCGCUUCGAGAGACAAACAGGCUGCCCAGUUCGCGAUAAUAGAGUCGUACACUCCGUCGCGAUCGAUUGGUUCUCCUUUACUUUCUCCUCACUGAAAAGUACUGUAGUAAAGAGAAUUGCCCGGAAGAUACGAAACCUUUUGGACUUCUCAUGGAGAAACUUUUAGAAGUCAUGAACAAAAAAUAUUGAAAUUUGAAGGAAAGUAAAAACAAAAUCGACAUUUUAAUUGAAUAUGUCACAUCGGAGGAUUUGAAGCAGUAAGGAAAAACCAAAAAGACAAUGUUUCAUCGGCGACUGCACGACCAAACAACUAUAUGUCUAAUUGUAUAACAAAAAAAAGCUUAUCAAUGUAGUCUUGGAUUUCAAACUCCUUUUCAAGCUGUUUGUAAAUGAGUUUUGAGGAAAAACCCCUCCACGAAUUUUUCUUAAACUGUUAAUAAACAGGAACAAAAGUACUUGGAUCUGUUUUUUAUUUCAAUAUGUUCUAUACAGCUAUUCUCUUCAAAAGGCUGAUUUUUGAAGGUGUGGUUCAAAAAUCGACGAGCGAAAGCCCGACAGCAGAAAAAAGCACAGCAAGCCAGCGGACACUCGACUUGUGCCAGUAGCAAUACGUGAGCUCACAACUCCAAAAUUCCAACCAACGACGUUAGUUUCAGAAGCAACUCUGGCGCUUCGAACGGAGGUGGUGACGCGAUUCCUUCUAGUCCUAGCACGGACAGCGACGUCAAGUUUGGAGUGAGUAGAACAGCAGCCGGGAGAUGACGUCGAAAGUUUCCAGGUUAAGGAGGAACAGCUCGACGCUGCUAACGGCACGAGCGAGCCGUCGCGCUCACCAGAGCAACCUGAGGAGAAGCCGACGACCAGCAGUGCCAGCGUCUACACUCUCCCGACGGUAUCGCCUAACGGCUACAACAGCGCUUCGUUCAGACCUCAGGCUCAGUACCCCUACGGUCAGUAGCUCCCUUUCAUGAUUUCGGAGUCUCGGAUCUAUCUUAGAUGGUAUUGAGACGUGUCGUAUUUGAUUCAAAAGACAAAAAAAAAAUUUUAAUUUCUAGGCGGUCUGGGAAGCAACUACCAGGACUACUUCGCCUACACACAGCCUUCCACCACUACAAAUCCCUACACCAUGGAAUGGAAAUUCCAGUAA